UUCCGUAGCAGAUUUUUCCACUUGCGGAUUUUUCGUUGUGCGCGUGUUUUUUUCUCGUUUCAGCUGCAUUUGCGAACGCUGCGCAACGCCGGCGAAUCGAGAUGCUAUUGGCUUAGUCCGCGCUCACUUGCGAAGCCAGUCUCUGCCAGAACCCGAUGGUAUUUUGUGACUUUAGCGCUGCGGUCACACUGGAAUCGAGUUUUUGGGAUUGACGAUUAGCGUAGAUUUUUUGUGCUAAUUUUGUGCAGAAAUCGACACAGCAGCCGUGUUAAUUGGGAACAAGUGGGAUCCCGAGCUGUUACACCUGGCGGAAAUAAAGGGUAACAUAGGAAAAUAGAAGCGACCAGCAGCAGCGAAAUGAACAAGGCUGACGUCAACCGCCGCGUUUUGGCCAUUCAGGCGAAGAAGAAGCGUCAUAAGAACAGGAAGCGGGGCAAGCAGAAUGGCACUAACCCACAGGAGCAGUCGAAUUCCAGCCAGAACCAGAAUCCCAAACCAAGUUCCAAUCCCAAUCCGGAACCGAAUCGGAGCAGCGAGAACUUGCAGGCACCGGAUAAUGCUAAUAAUAGCCAUUUGAAUGAGUCUAGUUCGGACGCAUUUAGCAAGGCGAAUGCAACUGCUACGGCCUCCACAUCCAGCGGAGGAUCAGCAGGCACUCCCGAUCAAUAUCAGCCACCCAAAAAAACGCAGGCGAAGUCGAAGCCCAAUACCCAGAAGGAGCACCAGCAGCAGCCGCCGCGUAGCAGCUCCAAUGAGUCCUAUGAAUCCGAGGUAUUCAGCGAUAACGAGGAGCAGGAGCUUAAGGAGGACUACUGCAAGGGUGGCUACCACCCCGUGAACAUCGGUGACCUGUUUCAUGAUCGCUACCAUGUCAUCCGUAAAUUGGGCUGGGGCCACUUCUCUACUGUUUGGCUGUGCUGGGACUUGCAGGCAAUGAGAUAUGUGGCAAUUAAAAUUGUCAAGUCGGCACCGCACUUUGCCGAGACGGCAAGGGACGAGAUAAAGAUACUCAAGACGGUGCGCGAGACCGAUCCAUCGAAUCCACGCCGUCGCAAAACCGUCCAGAUGCUGGACGACUUCAAGAUCACCGGCGUUAAUGGCACCCAUAUUUGUAUGGUGUUCGAGGUGCUUGGUGACAAUCUCCUGAAACUCAUCCGGAAGUCCAACUACCGCGGUAUACCACUGGCCAACGUCAAAGCUAUUACCCGCCAGGUGCUGGAGGGUCUUGACUAUCUUCACACGUGCUGCCAGAUCAUCCACACUGACAUAAAGCCCGAGAAUGUCCUCUUGUGCGUGGACGAGCCUCAUGUGCGCUCACUAGCAACUGAAGCCACCCAGUUGUAUUGCAUGAACUCAAAGAUGUACCCCUCAUUGGUGAGCAGGGCGCCCAAGGAGUAUCGUGAGCCACCUAUCACUGGCAAAAUGAGCAAGAACCGAAAGAAGAAGCUUAAAAAGAAGGCCAAGAAGCGCAUGGAGCUUUUCAAGCAGCAGAAAGACUAUUUGGAGCAGGCUGGUGGCCAAGCAGCCAUCAAUCCUAAUGAGGUGCAUAACGGCGACGCCGGAAUCUCAGAUGCCGAUGAAUACUUUGAUGCAAACUCUGUGGAAGAUAACGUGCACGUGGCCGCUGGGCAGCCACCGCGUAAGCAGAGGGAGGAGCGCAAGGCGCCCGCCGAGCAAAGUGGGGAGGCACAGGAGCAGGAACCGCUGACUGAGGGCACUGACAAAGCCAAAAAGAAGAAGAAAAGGAAGAACAAAAACAAAUCUAACCAAUCAAAAGGGCAACAGCCGCCACAACUGGAAAACUCUACGAGCAGUGCCGAGAGCAGCAGUGCGCUCAAGAGCCAACAGACUAAUGGCAGUAGUAGCGCUACCAACAGUAAAUCCAACACCAAUUCAAGCGGUACUUUGAAAGGACAAUCAAACGGCAAAAAAAUGCCAUUGCGACCCAAGCAGGAGAAACAAUUGGAAAAUCAGCAGCAUCAGCUAAACAACAACAACUCUAAGCCUAACUCGAACAGCGAUUCAAAAAUCUCAAGCGGAUCCGUGGAGAAUACAUCUUCGGCUACGAAUGGACCGCAUUCGAAUACAACGCUGCCAACACCUCCUCCGCCGCCGCAAGCAAAGCACAAGGCUAAACAGGAUCCGGCGUUAGAGGAAUGCAACGUCAACGUAAAGAUCGCCGAUCUGGGCAACGCUUGUUGGGUUGAUCAUCACUUCACCGAGGACAUUCAAACGCGCCAAUAUCGUUCACUAGAAGUUAUUAUCGGUGCGGGCUAUAACACCUCGGCGGAUAUCUGGAGCACUGCAUGCAUGGUAUUCGAACUGGCCACCGGUGACUAUCUGUUUGAGCCACACUCCGGCGAAUCGUAUACCCGCGACGAGGACCAUUUGGCCCACAUCAUCGAGCUGCUGGGUCCAAUACCGCGGGAGAUUUUGUUAAACGGUACCUAUGCGGCGAAGUCGUUUACCCGUUCCUGCGAGCUACGAAAUAUCUCGGGCCUUAAGCCUUGGGGCCUAAUAGACGUUCUACUGGAGAAGUACGAGUGGUCGGAAAAGGAUGCGGCGUCAUUCGCUUCGUUCCUUAAGCCCAUGCUCGAGUUCGAUCCGAACAAGCGUGCCACCGCUGCGGAGUGUCUGCAGCACCCGUGGCUUAGAUAAGAUACGGUGCAACCUGGUUGUUGGCUGCGUGCCACCCAGCCAGCAACAGCAGAUGGAGGGGGAGCUCUAGCAGGAACCGGAAAAGGAAAAGGAACAAGAGCAAGAGCAACAGCACUAAAAGGUGGAUCACCGGCAGUAACAGCAGACGGAGAAGUUGGCGGGGGCUAUAUAGAAUCUUCGGCAUCGGUGGCUACUUUGGCUUCCAUCUCAUCAAUUGCUUCCACAUCGGCUGCAGCAAUGGCGGCACUGAAGGCCAGACCUUAUUUGGUUGCACCCUUUGUUACCACAGCCUCAGCACCACCCACUCCACAUCCCCACGCAUCCAUUUCGACAAACACGGCCCGCACAGCGCCAGCUACACCUACACGUCGUCGCAUCGGUCCCGAAAACGAUUUGGACCUGGUUGAGGACUUGGAUGUGGCACUUGCUCAAAUAGAGGACCCGCAGACACACACCAAGAACAAAUCGCAUCGCUUUUUCUGGCGCAAGGCACUGCGACGCGUCUUCCAGCGUCGCAAGUGACGGCGUCGCCGGCAGGACUUGCCCCGCUGGCAUCGUCCCGCCCGUCGCUGUCGUCGUCGCAACCUGGCCGAGCGGGUGAGGCGCAUCUGCGCCUGCUGUGCCUACGGCCAGAUUCUGCUGCGUGCAGCCCGCGUGGCCCUGCUCAGCUGCAUCCGCUGGCGAACCCGUGGCAACAUACGCAACAACAACUUUUACUUCAGCAACCACUAAAGCAUCAGCAGCCAGCCAGCCAACCAGCAGUCGCUAAUCUCCGUGAUCCAGUAAACUCAAUUACCAUUCGAUUUAGUUUUACACACGCCAGCGCUUAACUUAUUCCCUGUGUUUUAGAUCGACGAUUAGACCAUUUUUGUUGCUACGUAUGAAAUUAUAAUAUUGUAUUACCGCCUACACGAACACGUCCCCACGAAUCCUGUACAUAGGCUCGACAGUUCUCGAUCCCAUUAUUCAUUUUAAUUAAAGCGACGCAUAAGAGAGCGAUGGUAGAGCAUGAGCAAUUGUCGCAUGUAAACCAUAUAUGUGUUACUGUACAUUUACCCGAGAUGCGAAUCGGCAAAUCUACAUUUAUAAGCGUACAUAGUUAAAUGAAAUAAAGUCGACCCAUCGAUGGGUGUCUCACACGCGCCAUCGUCGAUUCGAUGGAAUAGGGCAGUAGAGCAGCGCGUCUGGAUUUUUAUAAGCAUAUGUAUAUGUACAUGGAUGCAGAAACUUGAGCUGAACAUAACAAUAAUGAGAACGUAGUUAAUUAGUUUAUCCUCGGCUUAGUGAUCGACAUGAACAAUUUGAAAUGGCAUUAGUAACUCUUAAAAACGUAACCUGAAAUAGAAAAGCGAAUGCACUACCAACAACCACAAGUGAAAGUAAUCCUUAACCCCUAAUCGGAACUAAUAAGCGUAUAAAUAUAAUUAAAGUAGCCGCCACAAAAAAUCGUAUUGUUCAACAUUAAAUAGUAGCGCAAGCGCAAAAUAAUUGCAGCUUUAUCAAAUAGAUAAAUGUUCAAGACACAGACACACCAAAUUUGGCACUUUAUCAAGACUAGAGCCACACAAAAUUUAUGGAAUUUUUCUUGACCACUCUUAACACAAGCAUAAACACCUAGAGGCCACUUUAGUUAGGACUAGGAGCUAGAGCGAUUUUCUUAAUAGAAACGAUUCGACUCGGAGCGGUAGGGCAGCAGAAGCAAAAACAAAGGCGACGGAUUAGCAGAAACGCGAGAUGGAGGGGUCCAUUGUCAUUGGCAAUCGGAUCGGAGGGCAGGGGAUGUGUGACUAACUGACUAAUAACUAUUACGGAUACGUAGACACAUAUAUAUAUGGAUAAGUGGCCUUAAUAAUUCGGUUCUCCGCACCACACAACGCACCACAAUCACCACACGCACCCAACAAGCUAACUACAAACCACAAAACGAUACGAAACCAAGUACACCAGCCAAUCUGAGAAAGCUAUUGCAAUUAACACAAUUAACGCUGCGCGAACUAAGAAGUUAAAGAAUUAGGUAUGAAUAUUAUGGUAACUCGAGCAGACAUUAUUGUAACUAGACAGCCUAGCCAGCUAGCAUGCAUAUAUCAAUCUAAAAUUAAACUAAAUGUGUCCAGGAUCAAGGGGAAUUGAAGAAUGAAACGGUUCUAAGUAGCAGCCCAAUAUCGAUCUACGACGUUGUCAUCAAGUUAAUCGUAACAUUACAUUAAAGAAAAUUCAAAUAUCUUCGGCUGGCCGAUGUUUCGAAAAUACUUACGCAUAUACUCUUUGAAAAUCGCCCAGACUUCCGAACGAAGCUAUGUACUAAACUUGGUAUCACAGGUGGAAAAUCCGGGGACAGAAGCCCAGCACGGAUGACCACUCUUAAAUGAAUUACAUAUGUAUAACCAGAAUCAGGAACCCAGCUGCCGAAUUGCAAUUCCAGUAUGUUCUCACGCUUUCAAAGAGUAUAAUUAUGAAUUAUACGAUACGAUACAUAAUUUAUUGAUGUAGUUAUAAACAAAAUAAACAACAAAUUACACAAAUUGGAAAGCAA